UGAGGCGAUUGAGUGCUGUAUUUUUUCAUUCUCCAUCGCACCAUUUGCUGCUGCUGUCGUUUUGCUACCGCAGCCAAUCCAACAUACGAAAGAGUUGAGUUAAAAUUCUCUUUUCUGUUUCAUUAUUCGUGUCGUGGGCUCAUUCUUCUUCUUCUUCGUUUCAUCGUCAUUUAUUUGUCGUGGAUACAUUUAUAUAUUGGCAUUUUGCGAAGAUAGAGAGCGAGAGAGAGAGGUACUUCUGCACAUUGAAUUGCACUGCAACUGUGACUUGCAGCACAACACCACAGUGAAACAUUUAAUGAAAUAGUAGCGACAACAACAACAGCUGAAUGCACGAUGCUUACUGCUACUUUUGCUUGCCUGCUCAUCUGCAAUGUACCAUGUAAAUAGUGUUUAAAAUAUGUGAAGUUAAGUUAAAGAUCAGCGAUCGAUGCGAGACAGAGACUCUCUUUUAACAAAAGAAUAAAGAAAAAUAUGUUGAAUUGAAAGAAGUAAGAAGAAAAAAAAGGCGCACGCAGAAUGCAAAAGAAAACAUUGAAGAAACUCGAGUGAACGAGUUGAGUGAUCGUGCGAUUUGCUAUAUGUGUUUGUGUUAUUAUUACAAUUUAUUAUUUUAAUAAAAAUAUACAUAUAAAAUAUAUAAACGACGUUUAUACCAGUCAUAUUAGUCGUGGCUGGUCGCUGUUGUGCGCCUAGUGUCUUGGAUGCAGUUUUUUUUUUAAUAUUCAUCCUCAACGUCUCUCUUGUUGUGUGUACACUUGGUGUGUGUGGUUUUUUUCUCUCUCCGCUGUGUGUUCAUUUCAUCUGUUUUGUUUUCACUUCAUCGUAUGCACACACAGCGCUCUCGCGCGAUUUGUGUACUCGAGAUAGGCCAUUGUACUUGUACGUAUUCAUUAUUUCCCGAAACGAACAGAGACGAACAACCACAUAGAUACAUUGGUUGAAGUGAAAACGAUCGAUGCCACAGCGUGUGUGCCACAGAGCAAAUAUGAAAAUGCAUUUUCAGUGGUUUUAAAUGGUUGGGGAUUUUGGUAUGUGUUAUUGCACAACGUAACGAGCGCACACACACACGGUGUGUGUGUGCAUUUCAUAUAUAGAAAAAUAUAUUGUCGAUGCCGAUGCAUGUCGUUUGAUCGCCUUUAUCGUCACCUUCGUCCACUUCGUCGAUGAUCGUCGCGCACAUAGAUGAAUAAUGUUGUGAAUAUGUAUAUAUUGGAUUUUUUUUGUGUGUGCCUCUCGUGCUUAAAGAACUGCUAUUUUCUGUGCAACAAGACAUUUUUGCCUGGUCCAUUCGACAUCGAAAAACUAUUUUCAUUUUAUCGCUUCGAAGUGUUUCAUUAAAAUUACGUUUCAUUCGUGCAUUUGGCAUAAAAUUGCGAAUUUUAUGGUGUUUCGUCACCGAUUUUAGUGUGAUCGAGAAAGAGAGAGAGAGAGAAAAAAAAAUUGAAACAAUUUCAUACAUAAACAAUUAAAAUGGGAAAGAAUAAUUGAAAUUGCAAUUCGAAUCUACGAAUGAGUGAAAGAAUUAAAUGAAAAGAAAAGAACCUGAAUGAAUCAAAAAUCAAAUUGAAUGUAGUGCGUGGAAACGAAGUUCAAAGUAGUACGUAGUGUGUGCAUCAUUUGUGAAAGACAUAAAAAAAACAACAACCAGCAAGCGAGCGAGUACUGCGUCAAAGAAAAUUGUACAAAGUAACUUAAAGUGAGUGAGUGUGUGACUCUGUCGAUUAAUUUGCAUAUGGAAUUCCUUUGCACAUUUAACCAAAUCGGAUUGAGAGCUAAAUAAAAGCAAGCGCAAAAAAGAAACAAACAACGAACGAACGACGGGGCCGCAAAAAUAUUUCCAUUCAAUUUGUCGAUAAUUGGUGUCGCAGCCAUCGUGUUAUCGUCGGUAUCGGUCAUCAGUGAAGCGGCUAAGAGCAAAUGUAAAAUAAAAAGCGACCGGGAAACAGAGAGAGAGAGAGAGAGAGAGAGAGAGAGAGAGAGAGCGAGAGACAAAUAAGCAUCAGAAAAGCACUGGAACUGUCUUUAAAUUUAUGAAGUGAAAGUUAAUCCAAAGUGAAAUACGAUGUCGCAUCGACGUGCACCGCCGAUUGAGUGUCCGUUGGCUUCGUUGGGCCAUAAUUUACCAUCGGAACAUCAAUACCGGCAUCCACUUAGCUCAAGUCCACUAAAUCCAAAUGAUUAUCAAAUGUCGUCACGAAAAUCGCCCAUACUCAACAUUGGUGCGGAUGGAUUAAUUCAAUUUUCGGCAAUGCACGAAACAGACGAUUCAAUGAAAUCCACAGAAGAUGUGUCACAUUUAAGUUCGGCAAUCAAUCAUAGUCAUAAUGAUACAAGCGAUUAUGUAAAUAUCUAUCGACAUCCAUUGCAAUGUCUAUCGACAGCCGGAGAAUCGGACAGUGCAUCGAAUUACCAUCAAAAGGAAAGUGAAGACAAUAGCGAACCAAAUGAAAAUAUUUUAAACAUUGCACAUAAACGGAAUGAUCGACUACUAAUGCGAAACUGUCGAACGAAAUCGGCGAUGAGCACGUACAAUCAAACAAUUGACUGUGGCGAACCGUACUUUUUGGAAAAUAAAAUGCGAUCGCUAUUUGUACAUGAUGCACAUACAGCCGAUCGGAUUAGUACGUAUCCGUUUGCGAAAACUGAACGGUCUUUUGAUUUUGAGUACGGUGACAGUCGAUUGAAAUUAGGAAGACCAACACGGUUCAUUCAACGACCAUCCAGCCCGAGUGAAACUAGUGAAUCGGAUCGAUAUUUACUGGAACGUACAUCACAAGAAUCACCGGUUAAUAUGCCAGCAAUGAGCAUUGCUCGAAAUGCGUACAAUUAUUUAAGCAAUCAUCAAAGAAUACCAUCGAUACCGUCUAGUAAUGGCAGUCACAUUUUGGUGGAUGGAAUUUCAUCGAGACUGGGACGAUUUUCACCCAGUUUUGAUCAAGGAUACCACACACUUAACUCACCAUCUAUAUCCGCUGGGGCCAAUACCAAUUCACAACCAUUAUCACACACUGCACGCGGACGUAAUAAAAAUGACAACAUAUUCAAUCGGCUAUCAGAUGAUGUGUGCAUCAAAAUAUUCUCAUGGCUUGACACCGUCAGUUUGAGCAACGUAUCCAGAGUGUGCAAACGUUUUGAUUCGCUGGUAUGGAGACCAGAACUAUGGAAAACAAUUACACUUAAAGGUGAAGGUAUUAAUGGCGAUCGAGCACUUCGAUCGAUUGUACGACGUCUCAGCAACUAUACCAGAAAUGUAUCGUGUCCGGAAAUCGAAAAAGUUAUGUUAAGUGAUGGAUGUCGUAUAUCCGAUAAAGGAAUGGAACUUUUAUCUCGACGCUGUCCGGAAUUGACUCACCUUCAAAUUCAAAUGAGCUACAACGUAUCAAACGCGGCUCUAUUCCAAUUAGUCACCAAAUGUACAAAUUUACAACAUUUAGAUGUGACAGGCUGCAUUCAAAUCGUAACGAUUGACUUCAAUCAUCACCUGGAUCCCCCACGUCGUUUAUUAUUGCAAUUUUUAGAUUUAACCGAUUGCUAUGGUAUCGACGAUAGUGGAUUGAAAACUAUUGUAAAAAAUUGCCCUCAGUUGGUUUACUUGUAUCUGCGUCGAUGUACACAAAUCACAGAUUAUGGAUUGAAGUUUGUGCCAAGUUUUUGUACGGCGUUGCGUGAACUAAGUGUAUCAGAUUGUGUAAAUAUAACGGAUUUUGGACUGUAUGAAUUGGCAAAGUUGGGAGCAACGCUUCGAUAUUUAUCUGUGGCAAAAUGUGAUCAAGUAUCAGAUGCUGGAUUAAAGGUGAUUGCACGAAGAUGCUAUAAAUUACGUUACUUGAAUUGUCGCGGAUGUGAAGCGGUUAGUGACGACUCAAUUAUAAUGUUGGCGCAUUCGUGUGCUCGAUUGAGAGCGCUUGAUAUCGGAAAAUGUGAUGUUAGUGAUGCUGGACUGCAUGCGUUGGCUGAAAGUUGUCCAAAUUUGAAGAAAAUUAGCUUAAAAAAUUGUGAUAUGAUCACCGAUCGAGGCAUUCAGUGUAUCGCAUAUUAUUGUCGUGGAUUGCAGCAUUUGAAUAUUCAAGAUUGUCAAAUUUCCAUCGAAGGAUAUCGUGCGGUUAAAAUGUAUUGCAAACGAUGUGUUAUCGAACACACAAAUCCAGGUUUUGGUUGAAAUCAUCACAUCCAAAAUGCUGUUUCAAACAAUUAACUAUAAGAGGGCAUAACCAAUGACAAAAUUCUUCAUAAAUUCAUUUCAUUUUAAAGCCAUUUAUGCAAACAAACAAAAUUAUUUAAAUGACAAUUAGCUUUGUUUUUCAUUAGCAAAAU